AUGUCAUCUUCUCCAACCACCAUCUCCAGACAACAAGUUGAUUCCCUCUUUACCAACUGGGAGAAUAGACAAACUUGUUCGGAUCAACAGUUACACGUAGCCAUCGAACUAAUUCAGAAGAAACAAGCCGAAUUGAAGAACGAAAUUCAAAUAGAAACAGAGAAAUUUAUCGAAGGUUUAAAAGCACGUUCUCUUCAAUUAGUUUCACAAUUAGAAACUGAAUGUCAGUCUAAACAAAAGGAACUUGAAGAUUUAAUCAAAGAAAAACAAGAAUUAAAAGACCUAGUUUCGAAUAACACUCAAAACGAUCAAGUUGAUGAACAAACAGCAAAGAAAGUUCAAGAAUUCGUCAAUUCCAAAACUGUUCACAAUUUGGAAAAGUUUUCUUCCUUUGAAAUUGAAAACUUAAAGGCAGAACAAGUUUUGAGAGAUUUGAAAUUUGGUAAAUUGAAUCUGCCAAAUGCUUGUGUGAAAACUCAAUUGGUUAGCACGAGUUCUGCACCUCUGUUAGCUCAAAAUGUGGCUAUUGAAAGAAGACCGCGUAAUGCUUCAUUUAUGAGAUUGCCAAGUCCAACACUUGAGAAAACAAGUGGUCAACCAUCAACUCCUACUCAUAAUAGAACUAGAACUGUUUCUACAUUUAGCACUCCCCAACCAGUUAAAUCAAAUGCUUCUUCUAUUGAAAGCAAAGGUGAAAAACCUGCUGCUGCUGCUACUACUACUAGUUCUGGAAAUGGAAGUGUUAAUAGAUUUUCUAGAAGUUUUUCAUUGAUUCCAUCUUCAUUGACUUCUCCAAUUAAGUUUGAUGAGUUGAUUGGUGAAGCUUAUCAAGAUAUGAGACAACAACCAACUGUUUCAUUUGUUUCGAUGGAAUAUGAUGAAAAGAAUGCAAAACAUUUGAAAUUUAGUAAGAAUGGUAAAUCACUUUCAGAGCUAGUUGAACAAUUGACACCUGACAAUGCUGUUCAUGCUAUUGUUAAGGUAUGUGCCUUGGAAUUGGACGAUGUUGUACGUGAUAGAUUUGUGGCGGUAACAUUUAUUGGAGAAAAUGUGAGACAAGUCAGAAGAGGUGCCAUCACUGCCAAUAUUAACCAUUUCAUUGAUUAUUAUGGGUUGACUGUUUCAAUUCAUUUGAAAGAUGUUUCACAUAUUAAGGAGGAAAUUAUUGAAAAGUUAAAUUCAAGUGCUUCUGGAAUGAAAACCUUCAGAGAAUACAAAUUCAUUGAAUAAAAUGAUAAUAGAAAAGAAUCUGAUAAAUGUACAAAAUAAACAAAAUAAUUUUCACAC